AUGGAGUCUGAGAACAAGAAAGAGAGACAGAUGGAGCUUGAACAUAUGGGCCAUGAGCAUCCUUUGGCAUUCAUCCGAGAUCGGAUUGUUACAAGUGAAGAAGAAGAAGAUUGCUUUGUAUGUGAGAAAGCUGUUGAGGGGUGGAGCGACGGCUGCAAUGAAUGUAAGUUUUAUCUUCAUAAGGGAUGCACCGAGUUAGAUUUACUCCCCCUGUUAACCAUCCUUUCCACCCCCAACACCCUCUCACUUUCUCCCCAAAAUCACAUUAUGGUGAUGGAAUGUGGUGAACUAUCCCUUGAAAUUAUUCAUCCCUAUGAUCGUAAGCAUCCUCUUACACUCUUGCCAAAGCGACCACUUCAUCCUGAGGAAUGCAGUUGCUGUUUAUGUAAAACUCAAUGGAGUGGAUUUGUUUAUUCUUGCUCUCUUUGCCACUUUGAUCUUUCAAUUGAAGAUUUUCCCUCUCCGCGAACAAUCACCCAUGCAAGUCAUGAGCACCCAUGGAGUCUUAUAUCAAGACAAAUGUCAUUUAUUUGUGACUUUUGUGGCACUACUGGAGAUCACUCCCCUUAUCUCUGUGCUACAUGUGACCUUCUUGUCCAUAAGAAGUGCAUCUCAUUGCCACGCAAGAUCAUGCUAACUCGACAUCUUCAUGUGCUUUCCCUUUCGUAUCCUUUUCAACAAGAUGAAGAUCUACAUUGGACGUGCAGAAUUUGUUAUGGAGAAGUUGAUACGAGGUAUGGCAAUUACUUUUGUUCUGCUUCUAAUUGCAAUUAUAUUGCUCAUUCAAAUUGUGCAACUAAUAAAGCAAUUUGGGAUAGAACUAUUAUCUCGGAAGAUUACAAUGAGGGCUCCAUCGAAGCACUGCAUGAAUUUCCUAUCUUAAUUACUGAUGUUGUUGAACAAAUAAGUAUAGGAGAGCAAAUGGUUGCAAGUGAGAUUAAACAUGCUUACCAUGAUCACAAUUUAACUCUCACUUUUACGGGUGAGAUCAAUGAUGACAACCAAUGUGAUGGAUGCAUGUUGCCUAUCUCAACUCCUUUUUACAGUUGUGAUCAAUGCAAGUUUUUUCUCCAUAAAGAUUGUGCGGAAUUACCUAGAACAAUGCAACACCCAUUCCACAAGCACUUGCUUACGCUUACAAACUCACAUGGAAGGGAUGAAUAUUCGUAUUGCAAUGCUUGAAAUUGUCGAUACCAAGGAUUUAGCUACCAAUGCUAUCAUAAAGGUUGCCUACGUCAUAAAAUCAAGUUUGACAUUCGAUGUAUGUUAUUAUCAGACACCUUGA